AUGGACUGGUGCAAAAUAUUAGCUACGAACCGAAAUAGAGAAGAUUGGAACCAAAUCGAUGGGGUCAGGCUCCGGCGUCGGCUUGACACCUACCCACGAUUUGCGGAUGCUCAGGACGUCAUAAGGACUACGGCCAAUGGAACUGUCAAAAUAUAUAUUGCUUGUCACAACGUCCGAACGUUAUCAUCUGAUGCACUUACUGAUGUGUACAUUCAGGAGACGAGAAAAGUUAAAGCCGACGUGAUAGGAGUAUACGCGCCAACAAGCCAGCAUGACGAUGAAGAAGUAGAACAGUUUUAUGAAGAAAUAAAUGAAGCCUUACGGAUUCCAUCAACAUACACAAUUGUUCAAGGCGAUAUGAAUGCAUCUGUGGGCAAAAAAACGGAAAAUGAUGGUAGAGAGAUGGGAAAAUUCGGGUACGGAGAAAGAAAUGAGCGCGGUGAACAGAUGAUCAACUUUUCAACAUCAAAUAGGCUUCGCAUCAUGAAUACAUUCUUCAUGAAGCCUGAAAAAAGAUUAUGGACUUGGAAAAGCCCGAACGGAACAGUAAAAAAGCAGAUUGAUUAUGUGUUUUCCAACGUUCAACGAAUUUUUCAAGAUGUUAGCGUAAUCGGUGAAAACAUCAUUGCCACGAACAGUGACCACAGAAUGAUUCGAAGUACCAUCAUAAUAGACAAUGCACUGGAAUCCAGAAUACUUGCAAGAAGUCGACGAAUAGGUUCAAAAGUCAUCAACCCUGAAGAAGUAGAAGAACAACUGAAGAGGAAAGAUCUGAACUAUCCACGGCUUGUAACGAUCGACGAUGAUUAUCAGAAGCUAAUUCAAACCAUAAAGGAGGUGGAGGCGGGUAGCACGCGCGUGAGAAGGCAAAACCAUCGGCUAUCGGAGCAAACUCUACAACUUCUGAGAAGGAGAGCUGCUUUAAAGGCACAAGGAAUACUAGACGAAGAAUACCAUCACAUAUGUGAGCAAGCUAGGAGAAUGAUAGUGGCAGACUAUGAUAACUACAGGACCCGAAAAAUAAGAGAAGCUGUGAAAGCGAACAAGGGGCUGAAAAAGGUAACAAAAGAAGUCCAACUAAAGCAAAAGAUGCCACUAGCCCUUAAGGAUGAAAGUGGAAGUCGAGUAUUCACUAGAAGUGGCAUGACACGAAUAUGCAAAAGCUUCUUCAACAAACUGUACAGUUCGGUUAUCCCCAUACAAGAAGAACGUUGUACAAUUCAACCGGAGGAAUUCCAACCUGUCCUAACAGAUGAAGUAGAAGCUGCGAUUGCAAAAUUAAAGAACGGAAAAUGCCCUGGAAUAGAUGGAAUAACGGCAGAAAUGCUCAAGGCCGGCGGUACUACUUUAGCAAAAUCGCUUGCUCGAAGAUUCACAGUAUAUGCUCAAGAACUUCGCUCCAUGUACUCCACGUCUGUCAAAGGCAGAUAUUGUCACAGCAUAUCUCUACCCUGCAUCAGUCAAGACAACAAGGAACAGUGUUCAAUAAGGAGCCCCGUCAUAAUGUUCGUCACCCGUGCGUGUCUGCAGCUCCGCGACGGAGGCUUGACCACAUAA